AUGCCAUUUACGACCUUCCUAUCUGGCCACGUCCCGAUCAAGAACAUGGCCCUCGAGUUUGACCCGAGUUGGAACCUCGAUUUUCCUCAAAAAAUAUCCGACUUGAUCACUGAAUCUUCGGCCAGAGGCUUUAUUGCAGAUGCCAUGUUUACUUUGGCCCAUGAUCAUCGGGCUUUUAAAUCCAUGUACCUCGAGGUCUGGCUUAUUGAUCAUGGCGCUGUCUGGUCCUCAGAGAAAGGCAAAGACUGUAAUCCGGUCUUUUACGAUUACGAUCAGGAUUUUGUGGAGGUUAGGCCGGGACAGGUGGAGUUUCCUGGGUACGAAAAUACGGCGGCGUACUUUAUUGACCUACUCUCUGGUAUUGGUGAUCAUGCAUUUGCAGAAACUUCUGAGGAUCUAUCAUGGAUUCGAUCUAGGGGUUGGACGAAGGGCCACAUCAGGAUGCUUGCUCGUGCAGGGAAGCAACGGGAUAAGUGCAAUAUGUGGAGAUAG